AUGGAUCAAUCUGGUCGUGUGAUUCUUGUUCACAAUGGUGUCAUUGAAAAUUCUGGUGAAUUGAAAAAGGAAUUGAUAGAAAAGCACGGAAUUAAAUUCAAGAGUGAAACAGAUACUGAAGUUAUUGUUCAAAUGAUUGGUGUCUAUUUGGACCAAAUGUUAAAGGAUGGAAUGAAGCAAGAUGUUGUUGAAAAGGCCGUUCUCAAGACUACUAAACAUUUGGAAGGUACUUGGGGUUUGGUUAUUAUGUCUACAGUUGAACCAGAUCGUUUGGUUGUAGCCAGAAAUGGUUCUCCUCUCUUGGUCGGUGUUUCACAAGGUAAGAUGUUUGUUGCUUCCGAAAGUUCUGCAUUCGGAUUGUACACUAGAGAAAUGAUCAGUUUGGAAAAUAAUGAAAUUGCUGUCAUUACCUCUGAAGGUGUUACUCUUCCUUAUGAAAGAAAGAUUGUUGUUGAAGAAGAAAAGAUUGAAAAGACUCCUCAUCCACAUGCUCACUGGACUAUUCGUGAAAUUUUGGAGCAACCUGAAUCAAUUUCAAGAUCUUUGAAUUUUGGUGGUAGAAUUAGUGAUGAUAGUCAUGUUAAAUUGGGUGGUUUGGAUGAUAAUAAGGAAUGGUUAUCUGGUAUUGAACAUUUGGUUAUUGCUGGUUGUGGUACUAGUUACUAUGCUGGUCUCUAUGGUGCUCAAAUUUUCAGAGAUUUGAGAUGCUUCAAGACUAUCCAAGUUAUUGAUGGUGCUGAACUUGAGGAAUCACAUUUUUGCCCUGAAAAUUCUGGCCUUUUGGUUUUAUCACAAAGUGGUGAAACAGCUGAUGUUUUGAGAUGUAUUUAUAUUGCAGAACAAUUGAGCGUUCCAAGCUUCUCCUGCGUUAAUCGUGUCGGUUCAACUAUUGCUAGAACUACAAAGUGUGGUGUGUAUAUUAAUGCUGGUCGUGAAACUGCUGUUGCCUCAACCAAGGCAUUCUCUUGCCAAGUUACUGUUUUGGCAUUGAUUGGUUUGUGGUUUGCUCAAAACAGAUCACCAAAAUUCCAACUUCAACAUCGUCAAGCCAUUAUUCAAUACCUCCAUCGUUUGCCAACUAGUGCAGGUAUGGUUUUGAGCAGAGUUAGAGAGAAGUGUAGACAUAUUGCCAGACAUAUUUAUAACAUGAAGGGCAAUACUCUUUUCAUGUUGGGUAAGGGUUAUGGUGAAGCUGUUGCUUAUGAAGGAUCUUUGAAGGUUAAGGAAGUUACUUACACUCACGCCGAAGGUUACUCAUCUGGUGCCUUGAAACAUGGUCCAUUCGCCCUUAUUGAACCAGGAACUGUUAUUUUUGUUUUCAUUCUUGAUGACAAGUACUUUAAGAUGAAUAUGACAGCUGCUGCUGAAAUCAAAUCAAGAGGUGCUUAUACUGUAGCUAUUACUGAUAUUCCAGAUAAGAUUCCAUCCCAUGAAGCUGACUAUGUUAUUGAUGUUCCAUCUAAUGGUAUUUUCAGUGCCUUGUUGGCCAAUAUUCCACUCCAAUUGGUUGCUUACGAAUUGGCUCUUCUCCGUGGUCACGAUCCAGACAAACCAAGAAAUUUGGCCAAGACUGUCACUGUUCUUUAA